AUGGCCAACGGACGAGCGGCUGUUCUUGAUGGAGUCGCUCUUGCACAACCAAAGGCUAAUGAAGAUAAAACUCCAGUCCGUGCAGCAGCCGAACUCCAACAAGUUGACGCGUUGAAAAAGAAAGAACAAGAGCAAGUCGUAGUUGAAAUCGAAGAAAACGAAACAACGAGCACAACAACAACGUCGACUACAUCAACAUCUACCCAAACGAGCACCACCACGAAGAAAGCUCUGCCGAAAUUGGAACAACCACCGCUUAUUGAUAUUUCUUCUGUCAAUCCAAAAGCUCAUCCGUUCUUUAAACCCUUCCCGUGGACGAUCUUUUCGAGUCAAAUUUGCCCGACUGGCGUACAAACGCUUUUCGUCGUGCAUACCGCGAUUCACAAUCGUUUACGCCGUGACGCCAUUCGCGCCACGUACGCCAACAAAUUUUGGUAUGAAGCGUACGGCUAUCGUACUCUUUUCGCGGUUGGUCAUCACAAAGAGGCGAUUGAAGAGGAAAGGAUCCGAGAAGAAGCGGCUGAAUAUCGGGAUAUCAUUCAAGCUGAUUUCAUGGACGCUUAUCGAAAUAUGACGAUAAAGUACUUGAUGUGGAUGCGGUUUGUGCGAGAUCAUUGCAAAGAAGUGAAACUUAUCGUGAAAAUGGAUGAUGACAUUCUACCAAAUAUCUUUUGGAUUUUUAUGGAUCUAAAAUUGGGAAAAAUUCACACGAAUCGAACGUUUACUGGAGUGAACUUUGCGGGACCGGUUUUCAGAGAUAUCGGGAGUCCAUGGUAUGUCGCUAAAGAGGCUCACCCAGAAGACAAUUGGGAGAGCUACUGUAGUGGGCCAGCGUUUUUCCAGUCAGCCGACAUGACAACCGACUUGGUGAAACAAGCUGAACAACAUGAGCACUAUGUGUCGGUUGACGAUGCUUGGGUGACAGGAACGCUUGCGAAAGAAAUCGGUGCACACCACGAUUUUACGACUUACGCGAGCAAUUUCCAAUGGAAUGAUAAAACGACAGAAAUGGAUAUGCUUGCGAGGACGCAUAUUUUUGGUGCUUACAAAACGACGACUGCCGCAAAACGUAUCUUCAACGAGUUGAGGUUUAUGUAUGGAAUGGCCACCGAUCCACCUGAUCAUUUCAAGGGUUUCUACAAGGGAGGACCACAGGGAAAAGAA